AUGAGUACUUCAAAUCCAACUCACACAAGUCAUGCGGUUUGCACUUCUCAUCCAAAUAUUGCAUUAGUUAAAUAUUGGGGCAAAGAAAACAUUCCAGAAAUCACUCCAAUUCAUGGCUCCCUCUCAGUAACAUUAAAUUUUGGAGUAACUACAACAAAAGCUGAAUAUUCAUCAGAUGAUGUUGAUCAUUUCUAUUUAAAUAACAAAGAAGCUGAAAUUACUUCAAGAUUAAAAACAGCCAUCGACUUUUUCAAUGAUAACGGAAAAUUACACUUCAAUAUUACAUCAGUAAACUCAUUCCCAACAGCUGCAGGCCUUGCAUCAUCAGCUGCAGGAGCUGCUGCUUUUGUUGGUGCAUUAGCUUCUUUAGUAGGCAAAACAAACAAUCCAAUUACAUACUGGAUGCAAAAGGGAGUUGAUCUUACAGCUCUGGCCAGAAAAGUAUCAGGAAGUGGCUGCAGAUCAAUUCAUGGUGGAUUUGUUGAAUGGGUACCCGGAACUCCAUCAGAAUCCGUUGCCAAACAGAUUGCUGAUCAACACCAAUGGGAAGAUUUCGUUGUUUUUUCAGUUAUUGUUUCAUCUAAAAAGAAAGACGUUCUUUCUACCAAAGGAAUGCAAAGUACUGUUGAAACAGUACCUUGGAUACACUGGAGGGCUCAAGAAGUCGUUCCAAAACGUAUUUCUGACGCUAAAAAGUUUAUAAAUGAAAAAGAUUUUGCUUCUCUUGCAGAAAUCAUAAUGAGAGAAUCAAACGAACUUCAUGCAAACUGUUUAGCUACAUUUCCUCCUAUCAAAUACUUAAAUGACGAAUCAUUUAAGGUUGUUUCUGCAAUUCAUCAACUUAACGAUGAUCAUAAGAUAAAUAUUGCUGCAUAUUCUUUCGAUGCAGGGCCAAAUCCAUUUGUUUUUACAACAAAGGAGCAUGAAAAAGCUGUUCUUGACAAAUUACAUGAAAUAGGCAUUGAAGAAUCUAGUAUCACUCGUGCUACUCCAUGUGAAGGCAUAACAUGUACUUAUAAUGAAUAA